CUCGGCAGCAAACUAAAGCUUUGGCAGCUGAGAGAUAGCAGAGUUCUCUCACCUCUCGUCUCUCUCUCUCAAAGCUUUCACCUCCCUUUCGACGAAAAACGCAGCAAUGGCUUUCUCCGAUUCCACCAAGAACUCGCUCAUCCCGAGCUUCCUCUACUCUUCUUCCUCCGUCUCCUCCAAGUCCUUCACCCUCUCCAAGCUCCUUAACUCCAGUCCCGCCGCCGAAUCCGCCUUCUCCCACCACUCCCCUUCCCUCAUGAGCAAGCCCGCCGCCGCCGCCGGUGGCUUUGCUAUCCCCGCUCCCAGCGAGCCCGGGAAGAUCGAGAUGUACUCUCCGGCUUUCUACGCCGCCUGUACCGCCGGCGGUAUCCUCAGCUGCGGUCUCACUCACAUGGCCGUCACUCCUCUUGACCUCGUCAAGUGCAAUAUGCAGAUUGACCCUACCAAAUACAAAAGCAUCUCGUCUGGCUUCGGGGUGUUGCUCAAGGAGCAAGGUGUAAGAGGUUUCUUCAGGGGAUGGGUGCCUACUCUCCUUGGUUACAGUGCUCAGGGCGCCUGCAAGUUUGGCUUCUAUGAAUUCUUCAAGAAGUACUACUCUGAUAUUGCUGGCCCCGAGUAUUCUGCCAAGUACAAGACCUUGAUCUACCUUGCUGGUUCUGCCUCUGCUGAGGUGAUUGCUGACAUUGCUCUUUGCCCGUUUGAGGCAGUGAAGGUUAGAGUGCAGACUCAGCCUGGGUUCGCCAGAGGUCUCUCUGAUGGUCUGCCCAAGUUCGUGAGAUCUGAAGGUGCUUUGGGAUUGUACAAGGGUCUUGUUCCUCUCUGGGGACGCCAAAUUCCUUACACCAUGAUGAAGUUUGCUUCCUUCGAGAUGAUUGUGGAGCUCAUCUACAAACAUGCAAUCCCCCAGCCGAAGAGCGAAUGCAGCAAAGGACUGCAGCUUGGUGUGAGCUUUGCUGGUGGGUAUGUUGCUGGUGUUUUGUGCGCAAUUGUCUCUCAUCCAGCUGACAACCUUGUGUCUUUCCUCAACAAUGCCAAGGGAGCUACCGUUGGUGAUGCUGUGAAGAAGAUUGGGAUGGUUGGUCUGUUCACUCGUGGGCUUCCUCUGCGUAUUGUCAUGAUUGGAACUCUCACUGGAGCUCAAUGGGGUAUCUAUGAUGCAUUCAAGGUUUUCGUUGGCCUGCCAACCACUGGUGGUGUUACCCCUGCACCAGCUGCACUUCCUUCUGCCGAGACUGCAGAGGCCUAGGACGAUGAAUUGAAGAUCUGAUAGAUUUUGGUUGCUUUCUGUGAAGUUUGGUAAAGAGCUAUAGGACAAAUAAGCGGGAACUAGAAGGUGGAUUCAUAGCCUUAAAUGACACUGUUGAUUUACUCCCUUUUGUUGGGUAGGAUACCCCAGACGUUAUAAGCCAUUUUUGUCGAAGUUGACUAUUCUAGGUUUUGGAUUUUGAGGGCGGGGGAUGUUUCUGCAUCCCUUGGGAAAUUUGAUUCAGACAAAUGCAUUUAUUUGGUUAGUAAAAAGAAAAGGGUAACCUUGGCUACAAUUGGUGUGACUAGGAUGCGUUUGCACAGCACAAUUUUAUUCAAUUCAAAUGGUAGCUUACUGGCUUAUGCAAUGUGAUUCCCGUUUCAGCAGCUGUCUUAUGGAGGUUGUUUCCUGGUUCUUGUUGGGCAAAAUUUGGUACUGUAGGAUGUGAGCCGAAGCCUAUAGUCGUUAACUUAUGAACCAGCCGAACGACUACUUGCAAAGAAUUUAUUUUCUUCUAAGCUCCACAGCAGUUCAGUUGUAUAGUGCUCACCAACAGCAUGUUAGUAAUUAGUAUCAGCAGAAACUGGAAACAUUGGCAUCUCAGUAGCGAAAACGAUCACAGGAUUUGUUCCUCAAAUAUUGCACAAUACAAGAGGGCAAGCUUGCAUACCUGAAUAGAAAGAUAUCAUUCAUACACAAUACAAGGAUUAAAUACAUAGAUAGAUAUGACGCCAAAGCAUAUGAUGACCCCAAAAUCUCAGCAGGACAAAGAGAAGAAUGUAAAUGACUCUUCCACAAUGGUCAUGUAGUUUAACUAAGACCUUCCCUUCCCGCAAGCCUUGCCUUACACUCUCAGUAUAAGAUCCAGCUGGAAUCAUACAGAGACCCUCCAAUCGCGAUUAAAAACCAAAGAAUUUGAGCUACCAAGUGCUAAUAUACACUACUACCAUUC